CCCACUCGAACUCGUGAGGGCUGGAACCAGAGAACACCUGUUGCCACGGAAACAGCAAAGGCGGGAAAAAAAUCACCAACUGAAGAAAGAAAGAAGAAGAGCUGCUGCCGGCCGGGUGUUUCCUCAGAAAUGUCGCCUCCAGUUCUCCUCCACCUGCUCAGGUGUUCUCGAUCCCUCCUGACCCGACGCCCCUCCCAUCUCACCUGCACAGCGCCCGGACAGGUGGGCGGGGCCUCGAACAGAGAUGUUGGAGUUCGGUUUGUUAGCGGCGCCGUUAGAGUCCGACCCGUCGCCUGGGACUCAUUUGGGAUUUGGGACGACCGGAUAGAAGAACCGGUUCUCCUGCCGUCCAGCAUCAGAUACGGGAAACACAACCCACAGGUGAGUGUUUCCCGGGUCGGCUCCUCCUCAGUUCUGGGUCUCAGGAAACAAAACGAGGACCGACUCCGAGUCGCUCAGAUCCACGAAAACAUUCAACUGUACGCCGUGUUCGACGGGCACGGAGGGCCGCACGCCGCCGAGUACUGCUACACCUUCAUGGAGAAAUACAUCAGAGACGCUCUGGAGGAGGACGACGACCUGGAGAGAAUUUUAAAGAAAGCUUUUCUAGAUGUGGAUAAAGCUCUUCACACACAUCUCAGCUACUUCAACAACCCCUCCUUCCUGACUGCGGGCACCACGGCGACGGUUGCUAUGCUGCGGGGCGAGGAGCUCGUGGUCGGCAACGCUGGAGACAGCCGGGCCAUCCUGAGUCGAGGGGGGGAGGCGAAGAAACUCACCCGCGAUCACUGCCCCGACCUGAAGGACGAGAGGGAGAGGAUAAAGCGGUGCGGGGGCUUCGUGACGUGGAACAGCGCCGGUGUUUCUCACGUUAACGGACGCCUCGCCAUGACGCGCAGCAUCGGAGACUUUCACCUGAAAACCAGCGGCGUCAUCGCAGAGCCGGAAACACACAGAGUCACCCUGAAUCACGACACCGACUCGUUUCUCGCUCUGACCACCGACGGCAUCAACUUCCUGCUGAGCGACCAGGAGAUCUGUGAUGUCAUCAACAAGUGCCACGACCCCACCGAGGCCGCAGAGGUCAUUGCUCAGCAGGCGUUGCAGUACGGCUCGGAGGAUAACGCCUCCAUCAUCGUGGUCCCUCUCUCAGCGUGGGGGAAACACCAGAGUUCACCCACCGUCUACAGCAUGAGCAGAAACUUCGCCUCCAGCGGACGAUGGGCGUGACACAGGAAAACAUCACCAAAGAAAAUUAAAUUUACAGCCUAUUUUUAACCCUUAUUUACUGAACUUAAGUAUAUUUUUGAGGCACUUUUACCUUAUUUCCAUGAUGUGCCACCCUCUUAUUCUACUAUACAUCGGACAGGAAAAUAUAUGUACUUUAAGAGAAGGGAAAUUCAAUAAUAUGAUAUCUUUAAUGCAUCAAUCUAUUCAAAAUAAGUGCGUUGCAUUCUCACUUCUUAACAACUUAAGGGGUUUGGAAAAUAAAUAAAACAUGUUAAAUGACACAAAACUUUCACUUUAUCAUACUGAGAUUUGUCUUUAGGAAAUGUACUAAUAAUAUAAAAUAAAGAACUUUGAAAUUC